AUGAUGUGUGGCGCUGCAGAACUCCCAGAGAAGUCGACCCAGUCAUCCGAAGAAGUCGAUUCUGAUGUUGUGGCCUCAGACAGUGAGAGCUGCGCGGAUGAGGGUGUCAGCGAUGUCGGCGUGCCGCCAGAAGAGCUCUGCGAAUCUGAGGCAGAGAGCGAUAGGUCAAGGGAGGUCAGGACCAAAAGCACAGCUCGUGCACGAUCUCAGGUUCGCCUAGAUCGAAGAAGCAAGGGCCGCGCUGGUACUUUGAGGAGGGCGGCGACGAGCCCUGUGUUGGACGACCCCGUUGCGCGUGCACAGCGCCGGGUCCAAGAGCAAUUCGCGGCGCGGAGGCGUGCCAAGCGGGAGGAGCGGCGCCAGAAGGCCCUGUGCCAAUGUCGGUACGACUCAGUCAACCUCGAGGCCUUCAGGCGAGCGACCGCUGCCCGCUUAGCCAACGAGAGCGAGGAUGUGAUCAAGGAAGUUUCUGAUGUUGGCGACGUGGGUAAGAGUGUUCAGGGCGGAGAGAAGGCAGAGCCGGCACUGAGCAUGUCCAAGAGGCGGCGAAUUGCCAUUGUUGGAGCCGGGCCUGUGGGACUGUGGGCAGCAAACCUAAUCAUGCUGCGUCAUGCCCGCCGCGUGAAGCGUCCCGUGGCUGGCAGCGGUGCCAUGGCGGCAAAGGCCGCGCCAGUAUUCAUUCGGAGCAAGGAUGCGCCUGAGAUCGUCAUCUUUGAGCAGAGGGCCGAGGAGGUUGCGCUGCUCAACAAGCACACAAAGUCCAAGCGUUUUGAGUCUGGCAUGGCGCUAGCAGACAUUGAGUCGAUACUCUUGGACCAGUGGCGGAGACUGGGGGGUUCCAACAGCAUCCGCUUUGGCAGCCAGACAAGUCCCGAAGACAUUGCAGCGGAGGCUGACUGGGACUUGAUCCUCUGGGCGGGUGGUCGGAGAUCCUUGGAUGAUGCCACGCGCACUUCCAUGGCCUGUGACAUGAGGCUGGGGGAGAAUGAGGAAGUUCUUGUAUUUGAAAUGCGAAGCUUCACGCGCGGAAAGCAGGGUGCCAGUCCAGUCAAGAUUCAAGAGUUGGAGCAGCUUGCUGCAGUGGAUCUGACCUUCUGCGCCCGGAAUGCUGCCGCAGCCGCCGGAGGUGAGCAGUCAGCUGGCACCCUGUCCUAUCGGAUUGUCCUCCGUGUGGCACAAGAUGCUGCAACCAACCCGCCGCAGCCGCUUUGCUGGCUUUGGUUCAUGGGACUACCAGAAGAGCUGAAGGCGGCCAAAGAGAAGCUGGGCCGUGGCAAGCCGAAGCCCUGCGACAGUGUUUUAAGCGCUCUCGAGGCCGAGCUGUCUCGACUCGGCUUCAGCCAGGAAGGCUGGAUACCUCAGAUUUUGGCUGCUGCAAGCUCCUUGCAAGAGAAGUUGUUGAGCCCAGCCGAAGCCACCGUGCGGUGGGUGGAUGCUUCCUUUUGGUCCUCGGAUCAUGUUGUCUGCGCCUCCCCGCCAGGACCUUCAGGUUUCAGCGUGCCCUUCUUGCUGCUUGGGGAUGCUGCCAUGGGCAAGCCUUUCUACACUGGAACGAAUCUCAAUGUCCAUUUUACAGAAGUGAAGGCUCUUUCCCGGCUGCCGGUCAUCCGCUGGGGUAGUCUCUUGGUCCCAAGAAAGGCUUUCAUUUAG